AUGGAGUUCCUGCCGGCAGAAAGGUCCGAAUCACUCAGCGGUGGGCGGGAGAAUACGAUGACGAGUGAGGAGCAGGAGCCCGACACUCUGGAGAUGGUGGAGGCAACAGUUGAAGAUCUGACGGAAGUGGAGGAAGAGGAGGAAGAAGAGACCACCGAAGCGGAGGAGAGCAACGCUCCGAAUGGCGUGGUCAAGCAUGCUGUCUUCAACAAGUAUGAGACAGUUUACGACGCAACCUUCGAUGAGCUGCACCUUCCUGCGGAAGUUUGCGACGAGAUGAGACAGACGUGGCAGGCCCUCAUAUCAAAGAUGGGGUCUCGAGAAGCAGUUGGGGAAGCGAUUUAUGACACGAUCAUGGACGAGGCACCGGGCCUGAAGCAGUUCUUCAAGUCGCCGAAGUCCGUCUUCGCGCUGCGGUUUUCUAACGGCAUGAACAGCAUGCUGUCUGAGCUGGACUCGCCGUCUUCCUUCAAGAAAGUUGUGGAGACCUACGGCUUCAUGCACUUAGAUUUCGCAGUGACGGUCCCUCGGGUAGAGCUCGUCCGCGAAGCCAUCAUCAGCGUUGCAGACAUGGAGCUAGGUGGCAGCUUCACUGACAGAUCGCGCCAGUGCUUUACCUUGUUGCUGAACUACAUUGGAGGAGCAUUCGUGUUCGUGCUGCGUGAGCUGGCGGACCGAAUCAGGAUCAUCCAGCGCAGCUGGCAGCAGGUGAACAAGAAAGAGACUCUCGAGAAUGCUCUGCUUCCGGAAGGUGCCGACAAAGACCCGAGCAAGCCAGAGGAGGAAGGAGAGGAGAGCAGCCCCCAGGCGGACAGCAAUGCGAACAAGGACUCAAAGAAAGCCCGGGUCCAGACCAAGCCAAACCCAGACCAAGAACAGCAGAGGAGCAGCUUCAUGGUUGGCGCAAAGAACAACAAGAACCCAGCGAUGCAAGUUCCCACGGACUUUUCUGGCAUGUUCAUGUUCAACGCCGCCGUCAUGGGCUUCGCGGAGACUGCAUGGAUGAAUCUGGUGCUAGACCGCUUCGACAACAUUGCGUCCAACAUAGCCAACACAUCGCGGGUCCAGGAGGAAUGCUUUGUGUUGUCCCUGUGCUUGGCGAAGCUUCCGGACCCUUCCAGCCUAUCACUGCCGGACUUCCGGGCGGUGAUGCUUGCUGCACUUCGCUCGUUGAUACCGGACGAGUGGGACAUGAACCACGAAGUGGCAUGGAACUGGCUGUGGGAAAAUGUCGAGCGAGUCGUCUCAAGCACGGUCCCCUUACCGCGGCCCUAUGAGAAGGCCGUCCGCAGCUUCAUGUUCGGCCUCCAAGAGGAACAGCUGCAGACCAUCCGCAUCAAGACAUACGCCGACUUCUUCACGCGCUGCCCAGCGGGUCAGGAGUAUUUCAAGCAGUCCACCACUCGCUUGUACUUCAUCCUAGACAAGAUCAACGAGAUGACCGUUGAGAUGUUUGCCAGCCCGUUGAAGCUGGUUGAGGACAUUUCGGCCCUAGGUCUUCGUCACGUUGGCUACGGUGUGCCCAUUGAGUUGAUCCCACCCUUCGUCGCUUGCCUCAGCGACACCAUUGCCGAGUUCACUACUGACGACAUGGCCCCCAAGGCUUACAGCUGGUGCCUGACCCUGAUCUCCAAGAUCCUGAGCCGGGUCAUCAUGGAAGGAUCCACGGUGGUCAUGAAGGCGAUCAACACAAACAGUGAGGUGGAGCUGAAGAAGGCCAUCUCUUUGGCGCCUCGUGGCCAGCGUGCAAAGCAACUCCUCGAGGUUUCCGUGGGAACACAGUCCAUCUCUCCGCUGUACUGGGCCAUCGAUAGCGGGAGUUUGUCGGUGGCCAACGCAAUUAUUGAGGACCUUCUGAUCAUCCGUGCAGAUCGCGACGUGUACUACUAUGGCUGCGACGCACUGUUCACGCGGCACCCGGAGGUCAUUCAUCGCAUUUGCAACAGUGCCCCAACACUUCUCUCGCCACUCUUCGAUGGUCUGAUUUGGCGCUCGCGCCUUACGAGCCACGGCUUUCGACGCGUCAAUUAUUACGUGAAGCACCUAAUUCAG